CACACUUUCUUACUAAUAUUCAUUGCUAAGAGAUUACUGCAAACAUGGCUCCCAAAGUAGCACCCCAAGGUGCCGCCGCACCCGCCUCCAAGAAGUCUGGCAAGAAGUCAGUUGGGGGCAAGCGCAAGAAGAAACGUACUGAAUCAUACGCUAUCUACAUCUACAAGGUGUUGAAGCAGGUCCACCCCGAUACCGGAAUCUCGUCCAAGGCCAUGAGCAUCAUGAACUCGUUUGUGAUCGAUGUCUUUGAGCGUGUCGCUGGAGAGGCGAGCAAGCUGGCAAAGUAUAACAAGAAGUCUACCAUCUCCUCCAGAGAGAUCCAGACUGCCGUUCGUCUGCUUCUCCCCGGAGAGCUGGCCAAGCACGCUGUUUCUGAGGGUACCAAGGCUGUCACCAAGUACACCUCCAACCGAUAAAUUUGCAGCCACAUUGCACUUUACGGUCGAGCGCGGAAUCUAUAUUUAAAACUACCUGGUGCUUAUAAGCACCACCCAAGUAACCCAAGAAAUACAUCGUCACAACUACAGUUAACUUAUGAUAGGUAUGUUGGUAUACAUGGGCACUUAUUAUUACUGCGUACCACUCAACGAGCUCAUCAGCGUCACUGCAGUUUGGCAUCUUGGCAGAUAUAAGCUUUAUUUGUACGCACCGCGUCCUGAACUGCCGUAAGUUGGCCCAUAGCGCCGACUUCCAUUUUCUGGCACGAUGCUAACCACUGACCCGUGUAGAACCCUACGUCGGGAGAACAAGAUUCUCUUCUCGAAGAAGACUUGAGCCGAUUCAUGGUCUUUCUGUAGUGAGAAGGCGUUCCCAAUGACGCACCAUGCAAGUGCGAGUGAAGUCAAACGUGCAAGUAUUCAACACUAAAAAUGAUCAAGUGGAGUUUCACACUCAAUCGUCAUGAAUAACAUCUUUGAAUAUUGUAGUCAAUGAUGAAAUCUAUAAAGCUCCUUGGCGUUCCAUGUGACAACGAAUUGGG